AAAAAAUAUUCUUGUUGAUUAUUUAUUAUUUUGAAUUUUAAAAUUUAUGUGCGUAUUCAUUUCAUAAAUUAAUUUAAUAAAGUACACACUAAAAUUAAAUGUAAUAUAAACAUGUAGGUAAAAUGCAGAGAAAUUUCUCGUCUCGGUUUACAUUUUGAUACCAAUUGUGGAAAUCUAAUUAUAUUUUCUAUUAACAACAUUCUAAAAUGUCCGGUAAAUCUUAUUUUCCACGAUGAAUACGUUAUUUGACUUACCAAAUGUUAUCUUUAAUUAUUAUUUCGUGAUCGGCGGUUUGUUUAUAGCAUAUUUAAUAUAUAGAACGUUUCAUUCCCUUAUUGGGACCGGGAAUUUUAUACAGAUCAAGUACAAAUCUCGAGGUCAUACAUGGAGAAACAUUCAGUGUCAUAAUUCUAAUCCGUAUAAUAUUUAUUGUUCAGUGUGUUCAAAGCUUAUGUUGCCAGUUGAUGGUCUUUACUGUGAGUGUUGUGCUGUAAGCGCCUGCAAGCUUUGUUGCAGAAGUGUUGAUAAACAAGUAAAAUGUAAAGAUAUAACUUGGCGUGAUGAAAAACCAUUUCCUCACCUUUGGGUUAAUGUUGGAAUGCUACGUGGUGAGUCUGGUCAGAGUGAUUCAGAGAGUUUUAAGAAUUACUUCUGCAGUUGGUGUCAAAGAAUUAUUAAAAGUCAUGAAAUGGCUUUUUUUAAAUCUAAGCCAUGUGAUUUCCAAAAAUAUAAAAAUAUCAUAAUUCCACCUCAUUAUGUAAAGAUUGAAAAAAAUAAAGUGAUAAACAUAAAUAAUAUUAAUGAUGUUGCCUGGAAUCCUUUAAUUGUAUUUGCAAACAGAAAAUCUGGAAGCAAUAGAAGCGAUGAAGUUCUUUCAUUAUUUCGAGGACUCCUAAAUCCCUUACAGGUGAUAGAUAUCAGCAGAACUGCACCAGAUGUAGUGGUUCGUUGGCUACCACCAAAAUGCCGGGUUUUAGUCGCGGGAGGUGAUGGCACUGUUGGCUGGGUGCUCAAUGCCUUGCACAAGGUGCCACAUAUCAAGGCAUCAGUUGGUAUUCUGCCAAUGGGAACAGGUAAUGAUCUGUCGAGGGCCUUAGGAUGGGGAGCGACGUGCGACUCAGUCUUAGAUGCACAUUCCAUAAUUGAUUCCUUAAUUAGAGCUGUAGAGAAGCCCUUAGACCGGUGGAAAGUGACGAUUACUCCGAAAAGACGUAGCUUGGGUCGCCUUCGCGGACCUCGUGUACUAUACGCGUAUAACUACGCAAGUAUUGGCGUAGACGCACAGGUCGCGCUCGACUUCCAUCAUGCGCGGGAGCAGUUCCUCUAUCGAUUUGCAAACCAGACACUGAAUUACGUGGCCUAUUUAGUGCUGGGCGUUGGUCGUGCGUUGGACGAUGGCGGUUGUUUUGGUCUAGAGCGGCGGAUGCGCGUGUAUGCGCCUACGCAACUAUCUUUACCCCCGCUACAAGCACUUGUCGCACUCAAUAUACCGUCUUGGGGUGCUGGCGUCGACCUUUGGAGUAUGGGCAGUGAAGAAGUACCUGAGCAAAGUAUGAAUGAUCGAAAGCUGGAGGUGGUGGGAAUAUCGUCCUCCUUCCACAUAGCGAGGCUCCAAUGCGGUCUCGCAGAACCAUUCCGUUUUACGCAAGCCUCCGAUGUAAGGAUUGAGUUGGAAGGCUCUUGCGCUAUGCAAGUAGAUGGCGAGCCAUGGAUGCAAGGACCGGCGACAAUUCUAAUACAGCACGCCGGACAAAGUAUGAUGCUUGUACCGUCUUAAACGUAAUUUGAAGCAUUACGUAAUUUAUUGUUAAUACGUAGCUGUACUGUGUCCGUCAAAGUUCAAAAAAAAUCUUCACAUUAAAUAUUUGUUA